AUGGAAAAACCGAAUUAUUUCCAAUCUUAUAAUAAAGUAAUUGGUGCAACCGGUGAACAAUUAGCACCUGGAGCCGUUCCACAACAUCCAGUUUUGGCUCCAGCACUCGCCACUUCUUCAUUUGCAAUGGUUGGACAACAACAGUUGGCUAAUAUGAUGCAGAUUGCGAUGAAAAGUGUGAGUUGGAAUUUUGAAAGCUAGAAAAUCGGGGAGAGGAUAAAAAACUGACAGAGGGAAGAAAAUCGAUAAACUGAUCACGAUGCUGUAAAAAUCAGCUCGUGAGCUUUUGGUCGAACUAAAAAAAAAACUGUAACAGAAAAAUGUAUCUCUGAACUUUGAUACGCCAGUACUUAUAUUCAAAAUUGAGAUCAGUUUUUUUCUGACAACGGGAUCAUGUUCAACUCAUCAAAAUCUACUAUAAAUUAUAAUUUUCAGAUCGAAAACAGUACAAAUGGAGCAGCUUUGGCGAUUGUUAAUAAUGCGAAUGCCCAACUUUUUAGCAGCAAGUCAGCAGAAUCAAAAUCAAACUAGUAAUAAUGACCAGACAAGUAUGUUCUUCUUUUAUUUCGAAAUUUGGCCCAAAUUCAAACAUUCCGAAUUUCAGGUGAAAAGUUAACCGAACUUGCUCAUCGACAAUUUCAACAGGGUGAUUAUUUGACAGCUGAGAAAAAUUGUUUAUCGAUCUAUCAAAAUGAUCCCACGAAUAUUAGUGUUUUGUUGUUGUUGUCGGCCAUUUAUUUUCAGCUCAAAAAUUUGGAAAAGUGAGUUUUUGAAUUUUGGUUGAGAAAAACAUAUUUUUAUUAAAAAAUCAGAUUUUGAUUCAAGAAAAAUUGAAUAAAAGAAUUCAGCCUAAAAUCUAGAACUAAAAAUAUUUUGGCAUGAAAAAUCCGAAAUUUGAUUGAAUUAUCAUCCUACAAUUUUUAGCGAUAUUUUUUUGGCUGAAAAAAACUAGGAAAGUCAAAACCCAAUAAAUAUUAUUGCAGAUCAAUGAAAUUCUCAACACUGGCAAUAAAAGCGAAUUCGGGUUGUGCAGAAGCCUACAGUAAUCUCGGAAAUGUAUUCAAAGAACGGGGACAAUUGGCAGAAGCUUUGGAAAAUUAUAAACAUGCUGUUAGGUUAAAAGUGAGUGGUUUUUUCAUGAAAUUAUAAUGAAAAUCGAAUUUAACUCAAUUAUUUGGUCUAGAAAAAGUAUUUUAAAAAAUUCAUGAAAAUUCAUUUUUUUUGAAAGUUCACGAGAACAAUUUGUCAGAAAUAAAAAAUACCCAAAAUAUUUUGGUGAAAAUAUUUUUUUUAAUGAAAAUAUAAAAAAAUUGUCGCCAUUUCCAGCCCGAAUUCAUUGAUGGCUAUAUAAAUUUGGCUGCUUGCUUGGUUGCUGGUGGUGAUUUGGAUCAAGCUGUUGGCGCAUAUUUCAAUGCUCUCCAUUGUAAUCCCGAUUUAUAUUGUGUUCGAAGUGAUUUAGGAAAUCUUUUAAAAGCCAUGGGUCGCCUUGAAGAAGCUAAAGUUUGUUAUCUAAAAGCAAUCGAAACGCAGCCACAAUUUGCUGUUGCCUGGUCCAAUUUGGGAUGUGUUUUCAAUGCUCAAGGCGAAAUUUGGCUAGCUAUACAUCAUUUCGAAAAAGCUGUUCAACUCGACCCGAAUUUUCUCGAUGCUUAUAUUAAUUUGGGAAAUGUUUUGAAGGAGGCACGCAUUUUUGAUCGAGCAGUUGCCGCGUAUUUGAGAGCGUUGAAUUUGGCUGGAAAUCAUGCAGUUGUUCAUGGCAAUUUGGCGUGUGUUUAUUAUGAGCAAGGGUGAGUUUUUGAAUCUGAAAAUUUAUGCUGGAAAGGGUGUGAUAAAAACGCGACACAUUCAAAGAAAGAAUAUAGAUUUUUUCAUCGAAAUUUUAGAAAAUAUCGAUUUAUUCCCAAAUUUUCACUUUUAAAAUUACCUAAAAAUUAUACGUUUCAAUUUUUCAUGAUUAAAAUUUCUGGUAUUGAUAUUUUCAAUGCCUGGUUCUGCCGUUGUAUUUCAAAAUUUUUCUGAAAGAUGUGUAAAAAAAAUUUGAUUUUUGAACCCCAAAAAUUGAAACAGUAAGUUUUCGACUUUUUUAGAAAAAACAUUUAAAAAAUUUUUUUUUCUCAGAAAUUAAUCUGAUUUUACCGGCUUUUGAGGUGCUUCUGAAAUUUGUAAUUUUAUUAAAAAAACGAACUUUCAAUUAAAAAUGUUGUUUUCAGAUUAAUCGAUCUCGCAAUAGAUACAUAUCGUCGUGCAAUAGAAUUACAAGCCAAUUUCCCUGAUGCAUAUUGUAAUCUGGCAAAUGCUCUCAAAGAAAAAGGAAUGGUAACUGAAGCAGAAGGCGCUUAUCUAAAAGCUCUUGAAUUGUGUCCAACUCAUGCAGAUUCACAAAAUAAUUUGGCAAAUAUCAAACGAGAACAAGGAAAAGUCGAUGAAGCGACUAGACUAUAUUUGAAAGCUCUCGAAAUUUAUCCGGAAUUUGCUGCGGCUCACAGUAAUCUUGCGUCGAUUCUACAACAACAGGGAAAACUACAAGAAGCCAUUCUGCAUUAUAAAGAGGCGAUUCGAAUUGCACCCACUUUCGCUGAUGCAUAUUCGAAUAUGGGAAAUACGAUGAAAGAAAUGGGCGAUACGAAUAGCGCGUUGCAAUGUUAUACGAGAGCGAUUCAGAUUAAUCCGGCAUUUGCGGAUGCACACAGUAAUUUGGCGAGCAUCCACAAAGUGAGCUAUUUUUUAUUUGUGAAGGGGGUGUUUUUUUUUGGGACUCCCGAUUUUUUAACUGAAAAUCUCUAAUAUUCCUUGUAGGAUGCUGGAAAUAUCCCUGAAGCAAUCCAAAGCUAUUCAACCGCUCUCAAAUUGAAACCCGAUUUCCCCGAUGCAUUUUGCAAUUUGGCACAUUGUCUACAAAUUAUAUGCGAUUGGACUGAUUAUGAAGAUCGAAUGAAACGAUUAGUUGUGAUUGUUGAAGAACAAUUACUCAAAAAACGUCUGCCAUCUGUUCAUCCACACCAUUCGAUGCUUUAUCCACUUUCGCAUUCAACAAGAAUUUCGAUUGCGGCAAAACAUGCACAAUUGUGUAUUGAUAAGGUUCGAAUUAUUUUGGGGAUUUUGAGGUGGAUUUGGAAGUUGUUUAAACACAUUAGAAACCAAACCACCUUCAGAUUUUUGAGAACUGAAAGUUCUAACCCAAUAUUGUUUUCAGGUCAACGUUCAAUUAUUAAAUCGCAUUCAACUUCCUCAUCCUGAUCGAUUUAGUGUCAAAAAUGGAAGUCGUCUACGAAUUGGCUAUGUUUCAUCAGAUUUUGGCAAUCAUCCAACAUCGCAUCUUAUGCAAAGUAUACCUGGAAUGCAUGAUCGAUCAAAAGUUGAAGUAUUUUGUUAUGCACUUUCAGCAAGUGAUGGAACUAAUUUCCGGCUGAAAUUACAGAAUGAGGCUGAACAUUUUGUGGAUUUAUCAUCGGUAAGACAUUUUGAAUUGUGAGAGAGGUAUCAGAUCUCACUUGAAGUCAUCACUAAAUUUCUGAGAUUGUCUUCAAAAAAUCUGAAAUCCCAACGAUACUCCGGGUUUACAGCGACAAAUCAAUUUUGAAUUUGAAUUUUUUAGAUUUCUUGCAACGGAAAAUGUGCUGAAAGAAUUGCUCAAGACGGAAUUCACAUUCUAAUAAACAUGAACGGUUAUACAAAAGGUGCUCGAAAUGAAAUAUUUGCUCUACGACCUGCUCCAAUUCAAGUUAUGUGGUUAGGUUAUCCCGGAACAUCUGGUGCUACAUUUAUGGAUUAUAUUAUCACCGACGCUGUCACUUCACCAAUUCGACUUGCUCGUGCUUACACUGAAAAACUUGCGUAUAUGCCACACACGUUUUUUAUUGGAGAUCAUGCGCAAAUGUUGAAACAUUUGACUGAAAGAGUUAUUGUAAGAGAUAAAGAUGCGCCGAAGGAUAAGGAUACGAUUGUUGUGGUGAAUUCGGCCAAUUUGGAACCGCUUUUGGCCAAAGCUGAUGUUACGGUGUGUUUUCGAGUGAUUUUUUGUGCAAAUUGAAUUGAAAAAUUGUAGAUCACUGACUAAUUUCAAAAUGACUCAAAAAAAUUUUUUAAAAAAUUUGAAACGUAAUUUUUGCCGUCUGAUUUUUCUCUACAAAAUACAGUAAAAAAUAACUUUAAAACUUCUCGUAUCCUGAAAUGCGUGGCUAACAUGAGCAAGUAAUUUUUUAUUCAAAAAUCGAAAGAAUCGUAUAACUUUUUGUCUGAAAAAAUCAUAUGGUUCUUGUUCAUUUUCCAAUCCAAAAACCUUAUUAUAUUUUCAGCCAUAUGUUCGAGAAGCUGAAGUAGUUUGUGGUCCAGGAAAAGAGAAAAUAAUGACAGAAGUUGUAAUGCCAAUCAUCGAAGUUCCAACCACCGAACCACUCAAACAAAUGAUUGGAUCUGGACAAGUUGCAACAAGUGCUGUCGAAGGUGUUCAUAUACAAAAUGGUCUUGCACAAGUUCAUCAUAAAGCAGCAACCGGCGAAGAAUUACCAAAUGAAGUUCUUCUAACUUCUCGCCAACAAUACAGUUUGCCAGAAGAAGCAAUUGUUUUCUGCAAUUUCAAUCAAUUGUAUAAAAUUGAUCCACCAACAUUGGAUAUGUGGAUUGAAAUAUUGAAAAGAGUUCCAAAUUCGGUUCUUUGGUUGCUUCGUUUUCCUUAUCAUGGAGAACAUCAUGUUAAUAAAUAUUGUACGGAAAAAGGAGUUGAACCAAAAAGAGUUGUAUUUAGUAAUGUGGCAGCAAAAGAAGAACAUGUUCGACGAGGACAAUUGGCUGAUAUUUGUUUGGAUACUCCAUUAUGUAAUGGACAUACAACUGGAAUGGAUAUAUUAUGGACUGGAACACCCAUGAUUACUAUGCCAAGUUCGUUGAUUUUUAGAGUUUGAGGGGGAAACCGUCUGGAUGAAUUUUUUAUUCAACUUUUGUGCCCGGAACUCUUGUUGGAACUCCUAGAAACAAAAUACAGCUGCCAGGCUGAAUUUUUAGGCCCUAACUUUCGAAUUCUACCUACCAAUUUUCAAUGAUCACCCCGGGUUGCAAUCCUCUUUUGUCACGUCAUAACUACAAAUUAAUUUCAUUAUUAUUUUUUCAGUGGAAACAUUGGCUUCACGAGUUGCCUCUUCUCAAUUAUAUGCACUUGGUGUCACUGAACUUGUUGCAAAAAGUCGUGAAGAAUAUGUGGAAAUUGCUGUGAAAUGUGGAACUGAUGCAGAUUAGUGAGUUAUUCUUUCUUCUUGUCAACAUUUUUUUUUGAUUUUUCGAAAAGUUGAAAGAAUUUAAUUUUUUUAAACCUGAGUGAAGGUGUAAAAACGGAAUUUCGUUAAAAAAUUCCCGUUACUUUCCAAAAUUCAUCCUAAAUUUGCAGCCUUUCCUCAUUGCGCGCCAAAGUCUGGAAAGCCCGAAUGACAUCAACACUUUUCGAUGUCAAACAAUAUUGUAAAGAUAUGGAAGAUUUGUUGCAUCAAAUGUGGAAAAGACACGAAGAAGGUCUUUGUGUAGAUCAUAUAACAAAUGGAACUGUUACACCGGCUGGAAUUUAA